AUGCUUUUCAAGAGCUUCAUUCCGGCGGCCGUGACACUGGCAGGCCUCGCCUCGGCCUGUCCCGGCAUCGACCAUGCCCACGGUCUGGCCCCACGUCAAGUCAACUACUCCACCACACCCAGCGGAGGCGAGAGCUUGCUCCGCCACCUCGUCUGGGGUGACCUCGUAGUUCUCGCUACGACUGAUAUUCAUGGCUGGUACCAAGGUCAUCAGAAAGCGAGCUACCCUGAGCCCAACUACUCCGGUGACUGGGGUGACUUUGCCUCGUUCGUCUCGCACAUGCGCAAGCUCGCCAAGGACAAGGGCGUUGAUCUUCUUUUGGUUGACUCGGGCGACCUGCAUGACGGUGCUGGUCUCAGCGAUGGCUACCCUGCUGGUCAAGUGGACGGUCAGACCUCGAACCAGUUCCAUGCUAAAGUCGACUAUGAUCUCUUGACCGUCGGCAACCACGAGCUGUACAAAUACGACGUGGCUUGGAACACCCUGCAGGAGUUUGUGCCCGAGGCCAAGGGUCGCUACCUGGGCUCCAACGUCAACAUCAGCCAUGCUGGCAGCGACGGCGGCGCCAACGUCACUUACACCUAUGGCGACCGCUUCGUCAAAUUCCAAACCGACGGCGGACGAAACGUCACCUCGCUCGGGGUGCUCUUCAACUUCACUGGCGCGGAUUCCGGCAUCACCGUUCAGGACCCGGCCAAGAUGGUCAACGAGACGUGGUUCAACGACGCAAUUCAGGAGCAGCCGGAUGUCUUCCUGAUCGCGGGCCACAUGCCUGUUCGAAACGACCAGUUCCCCGUCGUCGUCAACGCCAUUCGCAAGGUGCACCCGACGACGCCGAUCAUGAUCCUCGGCGGGCACACGCACAUUCGCGACUGCACGCAGUACGAUCGCUACUCGAUGGGGCUCGAAGCCGGACGCUAUCUCGAGACCAUCGGCUGGAUGGCGAUGAACUUUACCGACAACGGUCCCACGUUCAACCGCUCGUACAUCGACGCCAAUCGCCGCAACUAUGCCUUCCACGCAGGCCUCUCGAGCCCGUCCGAUAACUUUGACACUGCACUCGGUCUCAACAUCACCCAGCAGAUGAACGGCGUGGCGGACGCAUGGAAUUUGUCGCACGUCUACGGCGUCGCUCCCCAGGACUACUACCUCCAGCGCGUUCCCAUCAACGACACAUCCUCGCUGAUCAACUUUAUGACCAACCAGGUGCUCCCCACUGUCAUCUCGACUUCCAACCCAGAUCGCAAGGACGUGCCGAACCUGGUCAUCGCCAACAGCGGCAGUCAACGCUUCGACCUCUACGCCGGCAACUUUACCAAGAACGACCAGUACAUCGUCUCGCCCUUUACGGAUGCGUUCCAGUACAUCCAGGACGUGCCGUACAAGUAUGCCAGUCAGAUCAUCAACAAGCUCAACCGGGUCAAGUCGAGCAGUGCGAGGCGGGCCAUCGCAGCGGUUGACGAGGAAGAGAGGGAGAAGUAUGCCAAGGGUCACGUCUCGCACAUCUACAACGCCUGGAUGAAGGAGCAGCACUUCUUCGCGACGAGCCAGUCGGAAGCUGUUCGCGAUCUGGCAAGGCUGGACGCUCGUGCGGCGGCGGAGGCAGCCAACCGCACCCUCGGCUAUGUCACCAAGGACUCGUGCCCCGGCGCCGGCGAUGACACCGUCCACACCGCCAUCCCGUACGCUUCCGUGCCAGACUAUGUGCAAAGCCCCGUGACAGGGUCGAAUGUCACAGCCAACACCACCGUCGACGUCAUCUUCCUCGACUUUAUCGCCAAGAACGUCGUCAGCAUCUUGAACGGACUGCAGAAGGACAGGAACUACACGCUCAACGAUGUGGCCUCGUACAACCAGUACACCAUUCAGGAUAUCUACCCGCUGUACGCCGAGCAGGUGUGGGCCAACAACGGCACCAACUCGACGUCGUCGUAA